CAUACGAGGUUUUUCUAAAUGAAGGAUUGCAUUGCACAAGUUACACAGCAUGCCUGCUGAAACUGAUAUAUAUGAUGUUACGCUUGCAACCCCUCUCUCCGAAAUCCUUUCCAGCUGCUUUAUCUAAGAUACUCUUCUAACUUAUUACGAGAUAUUAAUUACGUCGUUGAUAUCCUGACAUAGCCCGUUUGCACUUCGCUGUGAGCAGCUGAACAAGAUGACUCCUACGGCUACCUCGGACUCGCUUCCUUCUAAAUCACAGCAGCUGCUGUGUCUUACCAUUACGGGCUUCCGCAAGCCGGGUUUGAGCGAAGAAGCUUACCGAGAGUACAUGACUAAGAUACAUGCUCCCUUGGUAAGCGGGCUCAUGGAAGAAUAUGGCAUCGUUCGAUACAAUAUGACCCAUAACGAUAGUAAAACUCGGCCAUUGCUCUUCCAGUUAUAUGACCCUGAGUUCUCGAAGCUGUCCGAGUAUGAUUGCGUUGUGCAAUUUGUAUUCCGACGCAUGGAGGACUUCCUUCGAAUGAAGGCUGAUCCACGCUUCCUGGAGAAAGUGGCCCCUGACCACAAGAAUUUUGCUGACACUUCAAGGUCGACGAUGACUAUCGGAUACUUUGAGGAGUUUUUGAACGAUGGGCAGCUUGUAGCUAAAUGAGUAUCAGAUACAUGAAGGAGGAAGCCAUGUCGCAAUCUUUUUAAUCUAUUGUUGGAUCCUCUUCUAUUAGCAACGUUACUUACCACGACUAUGCCUACCCGUGACUUCAUUAAUGUAAGGUGGUACGAUAAAUUGAACGUAUCUCGUUUGAGCCACUCGCUUCUAUUCAUGCCCGUUUAUUCAGAGAUACGGAAUAUCCGGACUAAACGAAAUAUAGUCCAGAAUAUUUUCUCCGAAAUCAUAUCGUGGCAUAAUCGGUGAGAUGUGUCGGCACUGAAUCUUUUCU